GGCUGUUGCCAUAGCGACGGAAUGUCAACAUCGCUCCUCCCGGAAGACUCGUGCGUUGCCUGUCCGACGUGUAGCCUCUAAAAAUGUCAGAAAUAUCUGCCAUGAACCGAAAGCUGAUAAAAACUCUCGCUGAAACGAUCUCAAAGCAAGUGGAGCACUUCAAUAAAGCAGAGGUGGAGUGCCUUAUCCGAGAGUUUAACGUGCUUCUGGGGGAGCAGACUGUCCCCGGGACAGUUGUUACCUGCCUGGACAGAGAGAAGUUCAGGAGCAUACUGCACAACAUCUUUGGGAUGACAGACGACAUCAUCAUGGGUGGAGUCUUCAGGACAUUUGACAAAGACAACGACGGCUUCAUCAGUAUGAAGGAAUGGAUUGAGGGACUGUCUGUUUUCCUUCGAGGGACCUUGGAUGAAAAAAUAAAAUACUGCUUUCAUGUGUAUGACUCAAAUGGCGACAGCUACAUCACCAGAGAGGAGAUGCUUCUCAUGCUGAAGAACAGCCUCAUCAGACAGCCCACAGAGGAGGACCCUGACGAAGGAAUCAAAGACCUGGUGGAGAUCACACUCAAGAAGAUGGAUCACGACCACGACGGCAGACUUUCUUUCACUGACUUUGAAAAGGCAGUGAGAGAGGAGAAUCUGUUACUUGAGGCUUUUGGAACCUGCCUCCCUGACACCACGAGUAUUGAGACAUUCGAGCAGCAUGUAUUUCAGGAACAUCUGGAACAAUGAAGAAUUACAAUUUAUU